AUGGCAGGGGCUGGAGUUUGUCUGACGCUGCUGGCUGCGGCCUUGGUGUGCGCUGCCACCGUGCAGGGCAGCGAGUACCGCCCGCGGCUGGUGGGGGCCCCGAUCACCAUCAGCGACGGCGACAACGAUGAGGGCCUGCAGCAGGCCCUGCGCUUCGCCAUGGAGGAGUACAACAAGGCCAGCAACGACAUGUACUCCAGCAGGGUGGUGCGGAUCAUCAGCGCCAAGAAGCAGAUUGUGGCUGGAGUCAAGUACAUAAUGGAAGUUGAGAUUGCCCGGACAACCUGUGAAAAGCCAGCAGCUGAUCUCCAGGACUGUGCUUUCCCUGAUUCACCCCAGCUGGCUAAGCACACCGUCUGUAAGUUUGUAGUGUACACUGUUCCUUGGCUGAAUAAAACUGAACUACUGGAGAGGGAGUGCAAGUAAGCCUGCCUUGGUUCCAGCAAAGACCAGCAACCAGUUGCUCAAAUUUUAAAAGGAUUUGGGAAAAAAAAAAGCAAUAACACAAACUUAUCAAUGUCUGUUAGCUAUUUUUGUAUGCUUGUGCUAUGCAAGAUAAACUAUGUAACUUUUAAGCACAGUAAGAUCUCCACUCUGUCUUUGUAACUGCAAUCUUAGAGCAGCUGUUUUGUUUGGUCUUCCUACAGCAUUCCCAAUAAAGUAACUCCAACAUCAGAAAUCUGAUUCUUUAAAACAACCCCCAACAAACUAACUCUUGGUAUCCCUGUUCUGUGAGUACUGUAAGCAUAAGACUUGGUUGCUGUAACAAUUUUCCCUGAGUUCUUUUG